AGGGAAAUAAGUUGAAGAAAUGUACCUGUGCUCCAAUGUUCUUCAGAUUCUCUUUCUUCUAAUUCUUGUGUCUCCAUUGACCUCCUUAACAUAUGAAGACUCCUAUGAUGACGACUACAAGGGGUGUUUUCAACAAAGAGAAAUGCAAAUUAAGAAAGGAUAUCUAUCCUGUGAGAUGAAACAUAACUGGGCAUUAAAACAUGCAUGGGACAAAGCCUGGGCAUAUUGGAGCUACCAAAUCCCUCCUAAAUUAGACAGGGACACAGCCACUGCGGUCACCGCCUACACCUCGAACUCGCUUUUUUCACAACUGAACUCGGCUGUGGAAGGUGGAACGCACAAAGUGACAAAUGGCUACUUCAGAUCUAUGCAUUUACUGCUUACCAAGGCUAUCCAAAUUCUCAGGCCUGGUAACUGUAUAACGACCUACCGAGGAAUUAAUGUCUUCAUCCCACUGAAAAAAGGGGAGAUGUUUCGCUUUGGAAGGUUUGCCUCAUCUACUACAAUUUGGCACAUCGCCCAAGGUUUUGGCUUGAAAAUGUUCUUCAUAAUUAGAACAUGCUAUGGGGCAAACAUUGCACCAUAUUCUUUAUACAAGAGUGAAUCCGAAGUGCUGAUUCCACCUUAUGAAGUGUUUACAGUCACCUCAGUCCAUGGGAAACAAGUCAACUUGAUAUCCACAGGGAAGACCCUAGUGAACAAGAGGUGCAGGCCACUGAGCCACAGCUGUCCCUACAAGCCUAGUUGGAAUCCAUACCUGGGGUAUGGGCGUAAGUGACCUGGUAUCUUCACUACUACUGCCACUGAA